UGGCUGGACACGUGUCUGGGCGUUUCACUGUGGGACUGCCCGGUUGUGUCCGGGUAAGAUGGCGUUGGAAGAGCAGUGCUCGGCACCACCUCGAUGGCGGUCCAUAUCUUUGACACACGUAGAGUUCCCCGAGGAUGAUCUGACGGGACACUUGCUGGCCUACAUCAGCCUCAUCCCUAUAGCAAUUCUUGUGGGCUUUGUUACACUCAUAGUGUUUAAACGGGAACUGCACACGAUUUCCUUCUUUGGAGGGCUUCUCCUGAAUGAAGGAGUGAACUGGCUGCUGAAGCACAUUCUCAGAGAGCCGCGCCCAUGCGCAGGGGCUCACACAACCGUGCACACAGAGUAUGGGAUGCCCUCCAGUCAUUCCCAGCUUAUCUGGUUCUUUGUUGUUUACUUCUUUCUUUUCCUUUAUUUAAGAAUGCAUCAAACGAACAAUGCUCGAUGUGUGGACCUUCUGUGGAGACACAUACUGUCCAUUAUCCUCUUGGGCAUAGCCUUAUCAGUGUCAUACAGCAGAGUCUAUUUGUUGUAUCACACCUGGAGCCAGGUUUUCUACGGUGGAGUGGCCGGUAGUACGAUUGGCAUAAUCUGGUUCUUUAUUACACAAGAGGUGCUGACACCAAUAUUCCCCAAAAUAGCUGCAUGGCCAAUAUCAGAGUACUUCCUGGUACGAGACACAAGCCUGAUCCCAAACAUCUUGUGGUUUGAGUACACAGUGACCAGAUCAGAGGCACGGAACAGACAACGAAAGCUUGGAACAAAAGUUCAGUGAUCUACAAAGUUCAUUUGUGAAACUGAGUUUAGGACCACACGUGCACACAGAUACAUUCCCAUUUACAGACGCAAACAAAUGUUCACUCAACCCCUCCCCCCCCCCCAACCAAAAAA